AUGGUCCGCUUUGCUGGCGCGCUCGUGUCCCUGCUCUCCGCGCUCGUGGCCUUAGUCGGCGCCGUCCCGCUGGGCCUGAACGCGACGCUCGGCGCUCGGGCCGACGGCCUCAGCCCGCUCGCACGCGACCUGCUGCUGUCCUCGCGCGCGGUCCCGGCCACGCGCUGGGUCGCGUACUUUGACAAGUACGUGUCGUACAACAGCCUGCCGUCCCCCGCCCAGCUCAACGGCUUCAACGUGUUCGCGCUCGCGUUCAUCUACUCGGGGAGCCUGCAGGACAACGCGGCGCUGUGGGGCCAGUUCGACGCGGCGACGCGCGCGAGCAUCAAGUCGCAAUACGCCGCGGCGGGGAUCAGCCUGAUCGUGUCCGCGUACGGCGCCGGCCCGAACCCGACGAGCGCGGGCGACGACCCGACCGCCGCGGCGAACUACAUCGCGAACUUUGUCAAGAGCACGGGGCUCGACGGCGUCGACGUCGACUACGAGGACUUUGGCGCGCUGGAGACGUCCGGCACGGCGGUCGCGUGGCUGUCGACGUUCACACGGGCGCUGAGGGCGCAGCUGCCGCAGGGGCAGUACAUCAUCACGCACGCGCCCGUCGCGCCGUGGUUCACGCCCAACAUCUGGCCGGGCAACGGCUACCUCGGCGUGCACCAGCAGGUCGGCAGCCUCAUCGACUGGUACAACGUGCAGUUCUACAACCAGGGCUCGUCGGAGUACACCACGUGCUCCGGCCUGCUGACCUCCUCCUCGAGCCAGUGGCCACAGUCGUCCGUGUUCCAGAUCGCGGCGAACGGCGUGCCGCUGAACAAGAUCGUGAUCGGGAAGCCCGGCACGACGGCGGACGCGACGAACGGGUACAUGGACCCCGGCACGCUCGCGGCGUGCUUGGCGCAGGCGAAGAACCAGGGCUGGAGCGCGGGCGCGAUGACGUGGCAGUAUCCCAACGCGGACAGCGGCUGGAUCACCACCGUGCGCUCGCAGUCCUUCCCCGUCGGAGGCGGAGGAGGCGGCGGGGGGGAGGAGGAGGGGGCACUACUACAUCGAAGACGACCACAACAACGACGACAACUGGCGGUGGCGGCGGAGGAUCAUGCUCGAGCGCGGCGGCAUGGUCGUCGACUACAGCUUAUACCGCCGGCGCAGUCGUGUCGUACAGCGGCGCGAUCUGGACCGCCAACCAGUGGAACUAUAACGAGACUCCGGGAGGCGCAUGUGACCGGGGCCUGGACGCGCACGGCCACGUGCAACGGCGCGCUGCACACCGUCGCUGUCGCUAACGCCGCGACCGCGCACCCCGCCAUCGUCACCAAAGGCGCCUGAGCGGCGGAUAAGUAUACUUAUUCUGGGAUUACGGAUCGACGGGGAGAUAUUGCUAUAUAUAUUUGUUGUACGCAGCAGGAAAAAU